ACAAUUACUUUCGUCGUCAGUGUUAUUUGGGCUGCUCUAUUACUAUCUAUUCGAUUCGUUUUCGGUUUCGGUUAUCCGUCUAAUCUCCAACCUGACAAGCAAGAGCUCGACAGACAGCCUCUUGGGGAUAGCAAUACGCUUAACAUAGCCAUAUCGAAACGAUCGACCACCCGAUUUAUUAACACGACAACUUUAAACAAUUUCGAUUCUUGAAGCAGCGCGGUCUGCCUAUUUCAGAUUACUUUUUGAAACUUCGAUUCAUCAAGAUAGUGCCAUCUUAUUCUCACAACUUUAUACCUUAAAAACGAUACGACAUGAUGUCCCCGCCGAUGCAACUGACGACGUCUUCCGGCGUUCCAUUCACGCCCACGAGUGAUGCUCUUGAUCGUCACGAAUACGGAAUUACCAAAAAUAGGAAACUUGCGGCCUCGACUGGUGGAGGAAGAGCUUGGAGCGAGGAUGAGGAGGUGUAUCUGCUCCAAACUCGUCUCCAGAAGAUGCCAUAUAAGCACAUUGCGGCUCACUUGAAGAAGACUGAGCUAGCAUGCCGUCUUCAUUAUCACCAGCUCAGCCACGGAAGCAAUCGCCGUAAACGUACUACCUCUGUAUCUUCGGGUUCCUCUACCGGGCACUCGCCGAUAUUGCCGGCUACCGUUCCGUCACCUAUUCGAGAAUCUUCCCCGCGCGACGACUCCCCGCCUAUGAGUGCCGGUGCCCACGAUGCUGAUUCGCCGAAUUAUACGACCUCGGUGCAACUUCCUAGCAUCAUUACGGGCACUAAUGUCUCGCCCCGACUCCCAGCUAUCCUGCCUAAACCAGCAUCGAUUGCUCUCCCCAGCACUACUUCCGCAGGUUCAUGUAACUAUUCGAUGUCUGUCUCAAUCCCAGACACAACUCGAUCGCUGGCACCGUCUCCUUUUCCCCAACCGUCGCCAAUCGGACAGACGCCAAUUCUUCGGCUAGAUUGCUCCCUCCCGCCUCCUUCGGCUCACGUGGACAUCCCUAGACUUCAAUCCAUCUAUGCCGCACACCGUUCUACGUUCUGGGCUUCUAUCGCGUCUGAGUAUGGCUCAGGAAUUAGUCCGAUUGUCCUAGAACAGGCGUGGAAGGCGAGUGUUCUCGCAAUGGGCGGACAAACUCCAAUCACCCCUGUCACCAGUCCCAAUGAUCGCGAGAACUUGUACGAGAAGCAAGACAAGACCCGUAUUAGUGCGAUCCUUGGUAUUGACGCUAACCCACGAAGUCCGAAGGAGAGGGAAUUGGUUCGUCGAUUAGAAGAGGAACGAAGCGUCGGCGUAACCGCCAAUGCUUAGAGGAAAAACUCCAGCAGCCUUUUCGGACUUUAGACCCCAGCCGGGGUUUCCUGUUCUGACCAGUGCCUGGCAUUUGGGUAGGGCAUUAUUCUCGGGUCAAGCUAUGGCCGGUCCGAGCCAUGUAGCGGCAAUGCGCAUAUCAUCUGUACCGCCCUCACAUGUCUCUAGUUUCUCUUCUUCAUCUCGGGUUCUUGAGCAUUUACACAUCAAUUCUGUUUUCAAAAAUGCGGUGGUCGUCCUUACGAUCAUGCUAAACGAACCAUAUCCCCACCAUUUCUAUCUUCAGUUUUCGGGGCACAAGGGCAGGAUUGGGUUGGCCUGUAUCCAGAGUAUGUAUUUUGACAUGUUCUCGUGGAUAUGGUAUCAAGGUUACUUUUCUUUUUGAACAUGGAAGUUACCAACAUAGCAGGCGGUACUCCAAGUACCUCAUUUUCAAUACUUUGGCUAGCGGGGAGGCUUUUUGAUAGAAUUAAGCGAGAGUGAACAGUGUAGAAGGCGGCAUGAGGAAAAGGGGGUUUGAUGUAUGCAACGGCCGCUAGCUACGAUCUUGGUAGACAUGUACGUAUGAUGGGAUGGAUGUCUAACCUUUCUUUUCCUCUGUCUGCAUGAUUGACGAGCUCGCAACUACAAUACCCCAUGUUUCUGGGUGAGGAAUUUUGUACAUUAUCUAUUUUUAUUUCUAUUUUUUUCAGCUC